CCAUUUUUCAUUAUUUCGGGACAACAUAAAUUUUCAUCAGUUUAACACAACUACUGAUGCCAAACAUUCUGCUUUAAGAAUAAUGAUUACAUUUUAUGAUCCUGGACCCAGAACCUUUCCUGUCUUACUUUUGAUAAGAUACUCCAAAAAACCUACGCCUCUGAAUUUCAAUUUAAAGCAAGUUCAUUCUUUGGAUGAAAACUCCACACAGAUAUUUAUUCCUGCAUACUCUUUAAAAGAUUCUGGCAGUGUCUACCUGGCUUUGAUGGAUGCAGACUACAACAGGCACCCAAAAAAUGAAUACAUAUCCAAAACUGUACAAUAUGCUGUUGACAUUCAGUGGACACAGUGUUUGUCCUGGCAUAACAGGCAAUGGAAUUCUGAAGACUGCUCUUCUCAGAAAGGCACCACAACAGCAAUGUCCAUUUGCAGUUGUACACGGCUGGGAUUGUAUACUACUGCCAGUAGACAUGUGUUGUCCUACUUUGACAAGGAAGAUGUCUCACAGUUUAUAAGCACCACAAAAAAUCCUAUUCCAGGGAUUGUGGUUGGGAUUUCCAUUAUCUUCUACAUUUUGUUCAUGAUCUUUGGUAAAAUAAAGGACCAGCAUGAAGAUCAGAAAAAUGCAAUUGUGUUUCUCCAGGAUAAUUCUCCAAAUGACCAGCAACAAUAUGCUAUUAUGAUUGAUGUAGGAUUUCGAUCUAGACCUAAAUCAACAGCUAAGGUUUACAUUAUUUUACAUGGUGAAGAUGGCAUGUCUGAAACCCGAGAGCUAGAUUGUCCUGACAGACCUCUUUUUGAAAGAAAUUCAAGGAAUGUAUUUAUUAUGAGUGUACCCAAUAGUCUUGGUCCAUUAUGGAAAAUUCAUAUUUGGCAUAACAACAGUGGUCACUCGCCAAAGUGCUGGCUGGCAGUUGAUGAAGGAGAUGGGAAAGUUGAACGUGAAUUGACAUGUGCAGGACAUGGAUUAGGCUUCAGACGGCUCUUCUACUGCAAAUUCACACAAUAUUUGGAGGAUUUCCAUUGCUGGGGUUCAGUCUUUAGCCGACCAUCUUACAGUUGGUUCAGUCAUACUCAAAGAAUAACCACAUGUUUUGUCCUGUGUUUGGGGUAUAUGUGUUUCAACAUCAUCCUCCUUCACUGGAAAGUUGAUCAGAAUUUUAAGUAUACUGCUGAGAAUGGACUCAUUGACAUUUCUACCACUUCCCUGAUAUCUGGAUUUCAAUCUACAAUGGUUGUGUAUCCAAUUGCAUUAUUAUUAUCACUUCUGUAUAGGUAUAGUAAGAAGGUGAAUAAAUAUCUCAAAGAAGACCAUUCUAGGAUUAAGGCCUCUAAUAUAAAUUAUCAUGAAGGUCAUCAACAUUAUAUACAAGAAGCAGACACAAUUCUUCAAUCUAGUUUGGCAUGGCAGCAUUUCCAGUACUGGGCAUAUGAUACAUGGAAGAAGAAAUAUCAGAGAGAAUUUUCCACUUCAAGUAUUCACUCUAGAGAUGGCAGAAGAAAACACAAAAGUGGCUGUCCCUCACCUACUCAGAGCGCCACUGGAUGUGAAGACUGCAGUUGUAAUAUUAGUCAUUGUCAGACACCCGGACUGAAAAACAUCAAGGAUUGCUCAAAUGGCACUUGCUUGGAACAAUCAUCAGAUCUUGGACUGUUUGACAUUUCCUUUCUAAAUGAGUACAAGGUUUUGCCCCCAUGGUGUGUUUAUGUGGCCUGGUCACUUUGUGCUGCAUUUAGUAUGGGAUUUGGAAUCGUAACGGUGGUGAUUGGAAUCAGAUUCAGCACUGCUAAGUGUGUUCUUUGGCUGCAUGCAGUUUUUUUCUCUAUGAUUUACUGCAUUUUUAUUGUGCAACCCAUUUUGAUUUUACUCAUAGCACUUUUUGUUGCAUGGAGAAAGAAAGAAAGAACUGACUUUUUUGUGGAAGCAUUAAGUGAAGAUGUAAAGUAUAUUGCUGGUGAACAUUAUCUUCAGUUACCGCAUUUAACGGCAACUCCUCAGAGUUAUCACGAAACAUCAAACUUUGAAAAGAUCCUUGCUGCCCGGAAGAGAGCUCGGUACCUAAGACUGGCACGACCACCCACUCGUCCUCAACUAAAAAUAGCCAGAGACAAGGUCAGAAGGAAGACAGUUGUAAAGAAAAUAUUCAGGGAUUUUAUGGCAUACAUCAUCAUGACUUCUAUAUUUGUGUUUAUAACAUUUGGGAGGUAUUCAAACAAUGAAUAUCUUCUAAACCAAGCAGUAAGAAAUGAAUUUAUAAGAAACCCUGUACAACUAUUUAACGAAAUCACAACAGAGGAUCAGUGGUGGAACUGGGGCUUAAAUGUACUACUUGACCGCCUAUACUGGAAUAAUUCACAUAAUGAUAUAUAUUCCAGAGAGGUUGGACCAUUAGAAGGGAAUUAUUUUCUUACAGGAGCUCCCAUCAUGAGACAAUUUAAAUAUGUACAUAGAUCUAAUCAAAUGAUUUCUUAUUUUAUACAUGGAACUCCAUUUUUUACUUCCUCUGAUGACCUGUCAAAAGAAAUGAAACAUAAACUACAUACACAAAGACCCACAGAGACUCCAGAUCAAAUAUAUUAUCAGUGUGGCAAAAUUCAGUGUUAUAGAGACCAAGGAUCAGUAAUUAGUCUUGGCAGAUUAAGAACUGAAGCCUAUUCGACAUUACUGAAAAUGAGAAAUCAGAGGUGGAUAGAAAGAGGAACAAGUGCCUUUGCUGUACAGUUUGUCCUUUAUAACCCUCCAACUAACCUAUUUACAAUGAUAUCACUACUAGUAGAAUUGCCUGCUUCAGGUGGUAUUGUUACUUCUUCAGCUAUAGAAUCUCUAAGAAUUUACCGCAUCACCAAUUUACUGGAUUAUUUCAUUAUGGCAUUUGAGAUGGUAUUUCUUUCCAUGGUACUUGUUUCUUUCUGCAUUCAACUGGGUACUGUUAUUCAGAAAAGCAUCAAAGCCUAUUUGCAAGACAUAUGGAACUAUGUGGAGGUAUCAAUAAUCGUGUUCAGCUUGUGUUAUUUCAUUAGCCGGUUCUACUAUUUCAUGUUUGUUGUUGACCUUGUUGAUCAUCUUCAGAGAGGAUUUUUCAGACAAUUCAUAAAUGUCAGCUUGAUUGCGGAUUAUGAAAAGUGGAUUCGGCAUUUGCAUGGGAUCAUUUUAUUUUUUAUGACAUUUAAGUUAAUAAAGAUGCUCCAUUGUUAUAGAAUGAUGGCUCCUUGUAUAGCUAAAUUUCACCGCUCUUGCUCCAGCUCAGCAUUUACCAUGCUCAUAGGAAUUGUGUUCAUGCUGUGCUAUUCAUCUUUGGGACAUAUAAUCAUUUCCUCUGAUCACUAUCCUUUCACUAGUGUGCUGCAGUGUAUCCAGAACACCUUUACACAAUUCCUAAGAAUCUAUAGACCAAAACAUAUAAAAAAAAUUAAUGUUCAGGUUAAAUGUAACCAAGCCUGGUUGGCUGAAGUGUAUGGAAUACUGUUUGCUGUUUUAAUACUUUUGUGGACUGGAAUGUUUAAAGGAGUCAUCACUUCAGUAGCAAAGUUUUCUAAAAAAGUACAUCGCAGCAAACAUUUUGUGACAUUUAAAGAAGUUGUAUCUCAUGCAAAAGGACUGAUCCUUUCAGUUGUUGAUCGACACAGACAGAAGAGCACCGACAGCAUUUCUAUAGCUGGAAAUAAUUACUAUUUUGAUGAAUUUGAAGACCUGAUAGAUGAGCUUCUGUUUCGACUAAAUGCCAUAUCAGACAGCCUCCAUCAUUCACUUCCUGCAAAAUCACAUAGUUACACUGAAGAGGAGGAUGAUCACAAUAACCUUGAUACUUGCUCUAAUUUCUCUUUUAAACAAACAACCACAGAGACUUGUUUCCAGUAUGAAGAUGUCAUGCAGCAUGAACAGUUGGAAAUGAACACAGUCAGUUUGGGAAGAGGAAUGUGCUGUGUUUCAUAUGAAUCUAAUAGGAAACAAAAAAAUCUGCCUCAUCAGCAACACCUGAAAAAUGUAUUUGGAAGUGUUUGUAAUAAUCUAGAGGAUAUUCAGAAAAUGCACAAUGACAGUACAGAAAGUAAUAGUCAGUGCCUAGUCAAGGCUGAACCAGAAAAUGGGCUGGAAAUUGGAAAACAUGGAUCCAUUUUAGGCUUAGCUCAAGAAGAGGUCCACACUGAACAAACAAAGGAUAUUUUUCCAAGCAAUCAGGGAGGACCCCCUGCUCGAACACACAGCACUCCGGGCUGGAGAAGUGACCGAGCCAGCCAACAUCCCAUCCAGAGCAGACAAAAGAGGUGGGAGGAGAGCUCGUCUGGCUUUGCCUCGCCACAGGAUGGGGUGGUGGCUUUUGUUGGAAGCGCCUGCUCAGAGCACGGAGGUGGUGGGGGUGGAUUCUACAAUUACUUCUGCUGA